UGGCCCGAUAUUCUACAACCCACGACACGUCGUCAUGAAAACCUACCCAAAUCUCUCACAAACAGUUCAAUCAACGAACUUCAAUACUCCAUUUUAAUUCCGUCUUCUUCUCUUCUCCGCUUCAAUGGCGAACCCAGAAUCCCCCACUAUCCAACCCUCUGAAGGGGAGAAGAACGUGUAUUCGGUCUGGGCUCUUCCUCCAGAAGAUGUUACGGCCAGAAUCAGGACUCUCAUGAACAGCCUCAGAUCCGAGUUCGGCGGGCCCCAAUUCGAGCCACAUAUCACUGUCGUUGGGGCUAUUCGUCUCACCCUUGACGAUGCCCUCAACAAAUUCCGCUCGGCUUGCGAGGGGCUUAAGGCUUAUCAAGCCACCGUCGAUUGUGUAUCUACCGGAACCUUCUUCUACCAGUGUGUUUUUCUCCUUAUUCAUCCUACCACCCAGGUGGUGGAGACUAGUUCACAUUGCUGUGGACAUUUUGGUUACAAGAACUCUACCCCUUACAUGCCGCAUUUGAGCCUACUGUAUGCCAACAUAUCAGAUGAACAAAAGAAGCAGGCAAAAGAACUAGCAGAGAAGCUCGACGAAGCCAUUAACGGCCUGAGCUUCCCCGUCACUCGUCUUGCACUAUACAAAACAGACACUGGAGAUGAAACUCUGAAGUCCUGGGAGAAAAUUGCAGAACAGGAUCUUCCUUCAAGUUAAUAAGCUUCUGUUUAUAUCUAUACCCCAUGAACACUGUUCUUUUGGACAAUGUCUGUACUCCUCUGUACUUGUUAACUGGUAAAAAAAAUAAAUGUCAGCUGAAGGCAUUACUAUUUUA